AUGUGCGACUCGGUUGAUCGGAAACUCCAGGUAUUUAAAAACCCCAGCAAUCGCUUGACAAUCUCCAUGUUUCGGAAACUAGCUAACUACAGUAUUUGUGAUAUAUCUGACGGAAUGGUCAAAUAUGGUGAGAAAGAUGGAGGAUUCAUUCCCAAUUUGAUUCAACAAUCGACCACUGAUACCGUUAUAGGUAAAGCUUAUACUGUUUUAUAUGCCCCAGUUAAUGAUCCUCGACCUGAAAUCAAGGAAGGAUAUAUAGAUACCGUUCCUAAAGACUCAAUGUUGAUCAUUGGAUUACCUAAGGAGUAUCAGAUGGUCAAUUAUCCAUUUGUGAAGAUCAAUAAUGCUUUAUAUGGUGGUUUAAUGAGUACCAGAGCUCAGUAUUUAGAUUGUAAAGGAUCAAUUAUAUUGGGGAGAAUUAGAGAUCCACAAGAACAUAAAGAUCUCAAAUAUCCAGUUUGGUCUUAUGGAAUUGGAUCCACAUCACCUCUGAUUCUAAAAGUAGUGGGGAUUAAUGUUCCUUUGGAGGUAAAGAUUACUGAUGUGGAAGGUGAUCGAAUUAUUACCAUCAAUCCUGAAGAUAUCAUCAUGGGAGAUCCCAGUGGUAUUGUGAAGGUGAAUCCUGAUAUGGUGGAGAAGUUAUUGGACUAUGUUCCCAAACGAGUAGACGCUGAUGGUAAAGUUGCUGAAGAUAUAAAGAAUGGUAGACCUGCAAAGGAAGCCCAAAAAUUUUGGAGAUCUAGAAUUCAGACAAUAUACCAAUGA